UCGCGGUGUUACCAUCCAGACAUCUUGCAUCCUAUUUAGUCUGGUUCCACAGAAUUUAUUGUUUGACUAUCGACGAAAUAGUUGUAUCCAGUCAUCCAGUGCAGAUUUUCGACGAGAGGCGGCGGCUGGAGGGAGCCUCGCGUGCCAAGCCUGCGGUGUGUCGACUCUCUCUCUCCCAGUGCAAGCCCUGGGCUCUCUUGACGUAUUGUGCGUCAUCUCCACCGCUGCCGUUUUGUUAUUUUUCUCCGUUGAGGAAACAUGGCAACUCCCGCCGCGGUUAAUCCGUCCGAGAUGGGCAGUGAGUUGCCAGGUACAGUAGUGAUGCCGGGGGCAGUUGGGUCCGGCCCGGUAAGAAUGGGAGGAUCUGUGCCAGGCCGUGGCGGCAAGAGAAGAUCAGGCGGAAUGGACUUCGAAGACGAGGAUGGAGAAGGACCUAGCAAAUUUUCAAGAGAGAACCACAGUGAAAUUGAGCGACGCAGACGCAAUAAAAUGACGCAGUACAUCACCGAGCUGUCAGACAUGGUCCCUACCUGCAGCGCUCUGGCCCGUAAACCUGACAAAUUGACCAUUCUGCGCAUGGCAGUUUCUCAUAUGAAAUCAAUGCGGGGCACUGGGAACACAUCCACUGACGGGGCUUAUAAGCCCUCGUUCCUGACUGAACAGGAACUGAAGCAUCUGAUCUUGGAGGCAGCGGAUGGCUUUCUAUUUGUGGUGGCGGCAGAGACGGGACGCGUGAUCUACGUCUCUGAUUCUGUGACACCAGUCUUGAACCACCCGCAGUCUGAGUGGUUUGGCAGCACUCUUUAUGAACAAGUCCACCCAGAUGACGUUGACAAGUUGAGGGAACAGCUCAGUACCUCAGAAAACUCCAUGACCGGUAGAUGAAGUUCUGCUCCUAUUUCUUCAUUUGUUUGUUUCUGUCGUCAGUUGGUAUUAUCAUGUUAGAGCUUUUAAUAGGAAGGCACUACAUAUAACCGAAAGCAGUGAACUA